AUGGACCCUGAUGGGCAAGUGUUAGAAGGCAACGAGAGGGAACCUGUGGAUCCAACGUUCGAAGGAAAGCUGGAUCCCCCUGGAAGACGUGGAUCCAAAAUAAUUGAAAAAGAGAACAGUGGAGCUGGGACAAGCAUCCUUGGCCAUGUAGUAGGGAUCCUUGUCCUUGCUCUUGGCGUUGGUUAUCUAUUGCUUGGCCAAGAAACGUCUUGGGAUGGUGGUGGUGACCAAUCGUUCGUUCUGGAUGGAUUCCAUCUGAUUGUCCAACUCUACUUGGGUUCUCAGGAUCUUUUGGUCCAACUAUUACUGGGUUCUCAAGAUCUUUUGGUGCAAUUCUUCAUCGGAGGUUUCGACUUGAUCCUUCUCUCCUUGCAGUAUACCAUCGACCAUUUUAUACUCGUUGGAAGCGCUCUCGGAGGGACCAUAUUCCUUAUGGGGAGCGGAGAUUUCUGGGCGGGAUUCGAUCGCCUGGUUCAACUAUAUUUUCAGGCAGUGGAACUUAUCAUCCAGCUCUAUUCUACGGGGUUCGACCUAGUAUGGCAAUUCUAUAUCAAUGGUAUCGACCUUGUGAACCAACUCUUCUUUGGCGCCAUUGAGAUCACGGUUUGGAGUGUUUGCGCCCUUCCUGGACAGCUUCUGGCAAGACUCUUUGAGGACAAGACGACACACUGA